AUGGCCUUGUUGCCAACGCUCGCACAUGUUGUCCGAGACAAGGCCUUUCGAAGGGACACGGUUCUGGGUGAAGGUCAGCGCCCUGUGGUCCGCCGGCGCCAGCCCAGUCCUGCCCACGUGCAGGUGCUGAUGGAUUUGUGCAGCAGAAGCGGGAGACGGGUCGUCCCAGAAGCUGGGGGCAAGUGGGCCUCGCCCCCCCGCCUGUCCCGAGUGAAUGGCUGGUCGAGGCCCCUGCACUCCUUCCAGGCGGUGGCCUGGGUCACGCUCCUCAUCAUGGCCAUUGCCAACUUCGGCAUCUUCAUUCCCUUCCUGCCGCGUAACUGGAAGUACAUUGCCUACAGUGUGAACGGCGGGCUCUUCUUUCUCCACUUCUUAGUCCACUUGAUUGCAGUUUCCAUUGACCCGGCUGAAGCCAACGUGAGGUUCAAGAAGAACUACUCCCAGCCUGUGCCGACCUUCGACCGGUCCAAACACGCACACGUGAUUCAGAACCAGUACUGCCACCUGUGUGAGGUCACUGUGAGCUCGAAGGCCAAACACUGUAGCGCCUGCAACAAGUGUGUCUCUGGCUUUGACCACCACUGCAAAUGGCUCAACAACUGUGUGGGGAGCAGGAAUUACUGGUACUUCUUCUUCUCCGUGGCCUCCGCCUCGGCCGGCCUGCUCUGCCUGAUCAUCAUCCUGCUCUACAUCUUCAUCCAGUUCUUCAUCGACCAGGAGGAGCUCCGCACGCACCCCUACUAUGAAAAGGUCUCCAACAAGAACACUUGGAUGCUCUUCCUCCCCCUUUUCCCUGUAAAGACAAAGACCCCAGUGGUCCUGGGCAUUGGGGUGUUCGUGCUGCUGUUGGACAUCGUCAGCCUCCUGCUGCUUGGGCACCUGCUUAUCUUCCACCUCUACCUAAUGGCCAAGAAGUUGAGCACAUUUGAUUACAUGACACAGGGCCGCCAGCAACAGACUCCAAAAGCUUCAGCAGAAAAGGAAGAGCUGUCCUUCCAAACAGGAUUCCCACAGAGUUUCACCUGA